ACGUCAGAGUGCGUGCUGCUGGUUACGUCACCAGCGGCGUUGUUGCAGAGUCACUGCGACUGUUCGACUGUAAACAAGCUGAGGAGAAGAAGUCGCCAUUUAAACUAGGCCUGUGCUGUUGAUGAUAUCUGCUGUUAUUAUUCAUUUAUAUUGAGUCGUGAUAUGAGUCCAGCCAUCCACGUGCAGUUUAAAAAUAAAUACAAAUAAAGGUACAGUUCGUGUUUUCGCGGAGACAAGUCGGAGCUAGCCCUUCAAGCCUUUAGCUAGCCAUAGCUGUCGCUAGCCUCGCUAGGCUAGUCAACAUCCAAAAGGCCUGUUGACGAGGGAAACACCCUUUAUGCCCCGGGUAUCUCUCUCUUUACUGCGACCAGGAUACCCUGAACCCUGGGUGGCUGGUCAGAGCGGCCUCCUCCCACCAUGGAGGCAGGAGGGAAAGACUGUGAAGAGGAAACUCUGCAGACGGCAUUUAAGAAGCUGAGGGUUGAUGCUGAGAGUUUACCUGGAGCUGUAAGUGUGUCGGAGGCGUUGGCUCCCAGAGCGGUAUCGCGUGCUUGUCUCGACACCGGCGGAGCGAAGCCCAAACUGGGCUGCCCGAAGGACAACUGGCAUGGCUGCAUGAGGAAAACCUCCAGAGGAGCCUCCAGAACUCAGCGGCGUCGGAGGUCCAAGUCUCCGAUCCUCCACCCUCCUAAGUUCACCUACUGCAGCCCCGCGGCAGCCUCGGCCCUGUCGCCCCCCAGCGGCUGCCUGAAGCAGCAGCGGCUGGCCAUGCCUGAGCCCGCGGAGCCUCGUCCUGCAGUCGAUGGAAGAACGGCUUCCUCCGUUGCUUCCCCGGCCCAGAAAGAGCUCUCUUCUUCGGGCUCUCCCGGCCACCUCUCCCCUCUGGUUUUUGGAUCUUGCGCCGGGUAUGAGAUGCGUGUUGCAGCCGUGGACAUCCCCACUGUUGCCACUGCUGCUGCGUCUUCACCCAGGCAGGAUGGAGGAAGCUCCGGAGAGUCGAGCGAGGAGAGCGGCCCGGAGAAAAGUGGCCGUGAGGGCGCAGGAGCACGUCGGAUAUCUGGACCUGCAGAAGCGGCUGACUUCCGAGCUUUAUCCGAGUGCCACAGUAGCGGCGGCUCCGCGGACGGCCCCCACAUUCCCUGCUCCUGUGCCUGGAAGAGUAGCUCAGAGUCCCAGGAGGAGAGCGGGCAGGGGGCUGAACCUCAGUGCCAGUGUCGGGCGCUUCCUCAGGGCUGGCAGGGCUUGGAGGUGUACUCCUUCACGGGGCUCCGCACGUCCGGGUGCGAGAGGAGCCCGCCGAGCCGCGAGCCCAGAACUCUCAGUACCACCAACAGUAACGCGGCCACGGCGUCGUCACCUUCAUUGUUGUCGUUGGGCUCCGCUCGCUCGUGUUCGGAGCAGGCGCGCGCCUACGUGGACGACAUCACAAUAGAGGACCUUUCUGGCUACAUGGAGUAUUAUCUCUACAUCCCCAAGAAGAUGUCACACAUGGCUGAGAUGAUGUACACUUAGAACAAAUAGUAUCAUAUCAUAAGGAAAUAUUAAAGUAAAGAAGGUUUUUCUUGUUGAGGGGAAAGUCGGCGAAGGAAAGUGAGUAGUGGGUAGAAUAAUGGAUCAGGCAUGGAAGUGAUUUAAAUACAACAUUAACUGAUUUUAACCCCAGUUGAAAUGUUCCCCUGUCUUCAGUUUAAGCCCCCCCCCUCCUCAUUUUAUUAAAACUGACAGAAACUACCAUCUUUUCUUCUCUUUAGUUUUGACUUUCACCUCUUUUUUGUGCAACAUUUUAAAUUAAAUGUUCAGUUUACAGAUGAAGUUGCCAAAGCUGUUGGUGCGAGGUGUGCAGGAGGAGACGAGCGUGUGUUGUGACCUCUGGAUUUCAUUUCACUCAAUAAAAACUGUUUUUGUCUGAA